AUGGAUCGUGAAUGGGUAAAGAACCCGAAUAGGGUAUCUCCUCAGUAUGUGGCAGGGAUAGAAGAAUUUAUAACUAUUGCAAAAGAGAGUUUGAAUUCUGCGGGGUUAACUCUAUGCCCAUGCUUAAACUGUGCUAAUAGGAGGUUGCAAAGUAUAGAUGUCAUUAGAGCUCAUUUGAUUAAAAAAGGAAUUGAUAACUCAUACACACGAUGGGUGUACCAUGGUGAGGAAGAAUCUGAGGAGGAAGAAGGUGUGGGCAACGAGGAAUUCUUUAAUGAGCAAUUUGAUGGAUUGGGAGAAGGAUUGCAUGAUGCGGCUGGUGUUGACCUUUUUAAUAUUGGGCCUACGAGUGACUUUGUUGGAAAUGAACGACCAGCUAUUGAAGAAGCCCGUUAUGAGAAGCUAUAUGAAGCUUUAAAUAAUCCUGUAUAUAAUGGAUGUGAAAACUUCUCUGCUUUAACCUUUGUUGUGAAGCUGAUGAAUAUAAAAGUGAUGAACAAGUGGAGUGAUAAUUCUUUUGAGAUGCUAUUGAAGCUAAUCCAUGAGGUGCUCCCAAAGGGUAAUAAUUGUCCAGAGAACUAUUAUGACACUAGAAGAUUGCUUUGUGAUGUCGGUUUGGGUUAUGAGCAUAUUGAUGUUUGUCUAUAUGAUUGUGCUAUCUUCUAUGGUGAACAUAGUAAUGCUACAAUAUGUCCUGUCUGUAAAUAUAGUCGCUAUGUUCGUAACAAGAUUCCGCAUAAGAGGUUGCGAUACUUCCCUGUCACGCCUCGUCUGAAGUGGUUAUAUAGCUCACGACACACAGCUAGAGACAUGCGUUGGCAUAAAGAAAUUCGUGCGGAAGAGCCUGGAGUGUUGCGUCAUCCUGCUGAUGGGAAGGCUUGGAAGCACUUUGAUGAGUUGUACCCUGACUUUGCUGCUGAUUCAAGGAAUGUACGAUUGGGGUUAGCUUUAGAUGGGUUCAAUCCAUUUAGCAAUAUGUCAACAACACAUAGUAUAUGGCCAGUCAUUUUGAUGCCUUAUAACAUGCCGCCUUGGCGUUCAAUGCAUAAGAGCAACUACCUCUUAACGCUGUUGAUUCCAGGACCAAAGUCCCCUAGUAAGGACUUUGAUGUAUUUUUAAGACCCCUUGUGGAUGAGCUUAAAGUUUUAUGGUGUAACGGAGUUCAAGCAUACGAUGAAUACUCCCGAUCAAGUUUCACUCUUCGUGCAACAGUUAUGUGGACAAUUAGCGACUUCCCUGCUUAUGCUUACUUGUCUGGGUGGAGCACUAUGGGUAAAUUGGCAUGUCCGAUAUGCCUUGAGGAUACUCGUUCCAGACGAAUUCGGGGAAAACAAUGUUAUACAGGGCACAGAUGCUUCUUAAGUAAAACACACCCGUGGCGAAGGAGUACAGAGUAUGACGGAAAACCAGAAAAAAGGGGACCACCUCGUCAAUUUUUCGGUGAUGAUAUUUUGUUGCAGUUAGAAGAGGUACCUAUAUGCACCCCUGGUAAAGCACCUAAUAAUGAUGAUAGAAAACGUAAACGUGGUGUUGAUGAGUUGAAUUGGUCAAAAAAGAGUAUAUUGUUUGAACUACCAUAUUGGUCAAAGCUAUUGAUGCGUCAUAAUCUUGAUGUCAUGCAUAUUGAAAAAAAUGUUUGUGAUAAUAUUGUUGGAACCUUGUUAAAUGAUCCCAUGAAGUCGAAGGAUACUGUGAAGGCACGUUUAGACUUGGAGGAUCUUAACAUUCGUAAAGAAUUAUGGUUGAAGGAGCGGAAUGGAAAAUUUGAGAAACCUCAUGCAAAUUACACGUUGAGUAAAUCAGAUUGUGAGGGAUUUUGUGACUUUAUCAAGUCAGUUCGCUUACCGGAUGGGUAUGCUUCAAACAUCAGUCGUUGUGUGACAGACUUUCAUACACUUGGUGGGAUGAAAACACAUGAUUGUCAUGUAUUGCUCCAAAAAAUACUACCAGUGGCCAUUCUCCCAUACUUAGACAAGAAAAUACGAGCCACACUAAUUGAGUUUUGUCAAUUCUUUCAAAAAUUAAGUGCCAAGACUCUAUAUGUCAACGAACUUGAGAAUAUGAAGACAGGGAUUGUUAUCAUACUAUGUAAACUUGAAAAGAUAUUUCCUUUGUCAUUCUUUACAAUCAUGGUUCACUUAUGUGUGCAUUUACCUGAACAAGCAUUGUGGGGUGGACCAGUCAGUUCGAGGUGGAUGUUUGGCAUUGAACGUCGCAUGGGUACAUAUAAGGGAUACGUUCGUAACUUUUCACGCCCUGAUGGUUCCAUUACUGAAGCAUAUGUUGUUGAUGAGGCUGUGACAUUUUUAUCUCGAUAUUUGCAUAAUAUUGAGACAAGAUUCACACGUCUAGAACGUAAUUGGGAUGUACCUUGUACACAACAUAAGAUGGAGUUAUUUAACAAUAAGAUUCGUACGAUGGGGGCCUCUAAAUUUGGUAAGCUAGGGGUUUUUGACCAUGUGGUGCAAUGGUACCUUUUGAAUAACUGCGGAGAUGAACUUGAUGGUUACAUUAAGUGA